CGGGCAACUCGUACACGAGAUUCCACUGCUGGCAAUAACUGUGGUGACGAGGAGCGUGGUGGGGGCAAAUAUUGUUUUUGGUAGUCGAACUAUUGACGCGUAUAUGAUUAGUAUAACAUAUUCACCAAUCAACUGGUAGCACAAUGGACACGACACUUGCGUGAUUGCUCAUCUAUACAGAAGUAAAAUGACAGUCGGGGACUUGGUGCCGGUAGGUAAUACGUCCAAGUCAAUAUCAUACUGAUUCAUGCAUCCACUUCCAAAUCAUGACCAGAGAGUUACGCUGGCUGUCUUCUAAAUUCUGGUCUUCCAGGGCCGCGGUGGUCACGCUGGUGUGCACCAAUUUGUUGCCCAGCUCACGGACACUAUUCUCCAAUUUAUUGAGGAUUAAUUUGACAGCGUGCAACGACAGUUUUGAUCGCUCGGUCGGUGGGAGGUUUUUGAGGACAAACUUUGCAGCUGCUUUUAACUUCUCUUUGCCUUUGGGUUAAGCUGAUCUUGUGUGAAUGAGAAGUUGUCCCUUAAUCUAUUGUGUGCUUCGUUGACCAGCGUGCGGCGCUCGAGUUUCAAGAUGUCAGUGCGGUUUGUCUUAACAUCCUCCUUGAGCUCCUCAAUCUGCCCCUCCAACUCAUUGUUCUUCUUCUGAAGAACUUCGACAUCUUGUUUAAGAAUUCUGUUUUCUCUGUUCACCUGAAAUAAUAUUCAGUUACUCAAAUUGGCGUAAUGUCGAGACACACCGCUUGAAUUGUGGAAUUCUGCACCGUUACACGGUUAUUUACAAGGCCCAAUUCAUAUAUGAUAUCAUCUAAUGUGAGCGGCAUGGUAUUUGUGUGAUGUGUCUGCAAGUAUCGUGAUAAUUAAGAUGGAAUGUGCAGG